AUGUCUCAUGAAACCGGUGCUAGCGGAAGUGGGGUAGUAAGGAACAGUGCGCUUUCUUUCGUUGCGCCUGCGCAGCCUGCAACGAAUUCUCAAAGCUCGCAAGGAUCACAGGAACAGAUGGAUCAGUCAGAACGGCUAAUGCCAGCUGGUUUGAAAGCACUGUAUGAUACCUGUUCCAAAGUGUAUGCAGGUCAACCAAAUCCAUUACAAGUUACCACUAGACUUAAAUAUUGGCUGGGAGGUCAAGAUCCCUUGGACUACAUCAGCAUGUACUGGAACCCUGGUAUACCUGAAGAACAUAUUCCACCGCACUGGCAUUAUGUUAGUUUUGGUGUAUCAGAUCUACAUGGAGAUGGUAGGGUACACCCACUACCAGAAGCCGGAGAUCACUGUUCUGGUUACGGACUAGAACUGACACUGAGACUAGCAGCAGAUCGAGGGCAGAGCCCCCCAGUGUGGCCAGCUGCACUGUUACAGGCACUUGCUAGAUAUAUUUUUGCAACAGGCAAUAAAUUCUGCGCUGGCGACCAUAUAUCUUGGCACGCGGCCCUGGACGGUUCCGGGUCCCGGGUUCGCCACCUGCUCGUCGCAGAAGAUCCGCAAUUACACACAGUUGACACACCGCACGGUUCUGUGACUUUUUUACAGAUGGUGGGUUGUACCACAAGAGAGCUGAGAGCAGCACAGCGAGGAUCAGGGUUUGAAGUCUUGAAACUAAUCAGUGAAGACCCUAAAUGUGGUGGAAAGUGGCUGGUGACGAGCGUCUCCCGGCGUCGAUCCGCACGAUGUCUGACGACGAAGACCAGACAGCUGGUCCACCUGGCUGGAGUGUCUGCUAGGGUCAACUGGCAGAAAUACUGUGCGAGUGAAGAAGAACAGUGCUCUCUGUCACCCAGCCUGGAAAGACAAAUCAAGGAGACGUUACAGCGAGGACUUACCUCUAUGACGGAUCGGGGCUCUGAAGGUCACAACAUGUCAACAGACAGCUUUGAAAUGUCAAGUAUGGAGCGUGCUUUACCACAGUUACCAGAUAUGGUACAGGAGUCAUGGAGAGAGGACAGUAUAGAGUACUUGGAAGGUGUUCAUCUGAUGUUGAACCGUGAAGGUGCUAGCCUUCUUCCUCUAGCUAUCAACGGUCGGGUCCUUCAUUCAUCGCACUUUACGUGGCGUCAGGGCGCCCGUACUGUGACCCUAUUGCCUCCCUCAGUUAGCGGAGCCUUCGCCACCACACGCCGUCCCUUCGCCCUCACUGGGACUUGGCUGCAAAUACUGAUACCAAAGGAAUUAGCUGAAGAUAUGUCGAAAAAAGUAGCACCACUCGCGAAUUUAGCGGAGAUCGACUCGGAAACUGACGAAGAAGGAAGCCAGGACACAACCACGGCGCCAACGAUCCCCUUUACACUAUCCUGGCCUGGUUAUAAGCUGAAAAUAUCUGUUUUACCUGAUACGGAAUUUUUAUAG